AUGGCACUACAAGAGGUGACCAACGCCUUCAUCAAGCGGCUACGUCUAUCAGAACGACCAAUUGGGACAGCAUGUCGGCGACAAUGCAUUCAACAUCGAUGCUUUGCCGAUGCAGCACCGAAAGUGGAGGAGACCCAACCUGAAGUCAAGGAUCUCGAGCACCUUUCAUUCAUCGAGUCGCCACGCCCAGAUGAGGCGACGAUCGCGAGCUUCGAUCCUGUAGCGAAUGCCAAAAAGCGAGGAACACAAUUGCCUGCGAGCAGAUAUUCCUACCGUCCGCCGAGAUACUAUCGAGGUCCAUUGCAUCCGCACCAACCGCCACCCGUUACCGAUCCAGCAUCUCGUGUCUUCGUGCCAGGACCUUUCUCCCUUCCGCGUCUAGAGCAAACAUACGAAUCUACUAUUGCUCCGGAUUACAUGACCCUCGCAUACGCCCACUAUCCACCCGGCACGGAGCCUCACAAAAAGGGCGCUCGGCUACGAUCAUGGACCGGCGACUCGCCUUAUUUCAAAAAUAGACCACUUCGAGGACCUCGUGGUGGUGAUGCAUUGCGUUUGUUGAGAAAGCGGGUGACAUUCCGCAAUAUCCCUCGGCUAUCGCGAGUGACGGUACACACCUACGUCAAGGGCGCUAUGGAAAACAGCUCGCAUCUGCACGCUGCUGGUAUCGUGCUGCAAUCCAUCACCAACAUCCGCGCCACGCCUCAUCGCACCACCAAGACCAACGCCAUGUUCGGAGUCAAGGCCGGCAAGAACUUGAGUGUCACCUGCGAGUUGCGGGGCGAGGACAUGUACCAUUUCCUGAGCAAGGUAGUGGACGUGGUGCUGCCGAAGAUCAAGGAUUGGAAGGGAGUGGCAGGCACCACGGGUGACGGCUCUGGCAAUUUGGCCUUCGGUCUCACUCCCGAGGAGGUUGCACUCUUCCCGGAGAUUGAAAUCAAUUACGACAUGUAUCCUCCAAAGCACAUACCGGGUCUGCAUAUCGUGAUCCACACGACUGCAACACAGGACCGUGACGCACGGUUAUUGCUCAUGGGAAUCGGUCUUCCGUUCUACGGCAAGCUGAUAAACUAG